GCAGAAGCCAUUUUUCCUUCUCUCUUCGUCUGAACUCUUCUGGUUUCAUCUUCCGCAGUCUUUCGCUCUCUCAAAGAUGGUGUCUUUUGCGGCUGGGUUUCUUGUAGAAGAGCUACUUGACUUCUCUUCAGACAUAGGUGAAGAAGACGAGGAAGAAGACAACAAACAGAGCAAGAGCAACACCGCUAUGACCACCAACAACAGCUGCAGCAAAGCCCUUUCUUCAUCUUCAGCUUUGGCCUUGGACUCCAAACCCACAAACUCUACUACUCAUCAAAACUAUCAACCACAACAUGAAGCACAAACAGUGUUGAACAUUUUCGACCCAGAUGAUGACCGCCACCCUUCCUUACCCGAAUUUUUAGAAGAAGAACUGGAAUGGUUAACAAACGAAGACGCUUUUCCGGCAGUGGAGACAUUUGACGACAUUUUCCCAGGGAAGCUCAGUAAAGGCACAAAGAACCAGAGCCCUGUCUCGGUGCUUGAGAACAGUAGCAGCAGCGGUAACAGUGGCAUUAUGAGUUGCUGUGAUAGCCUCCGUGUCCCUAUGCGAGCCAGGAGCAAGAGGCGGAGGCGGAAAAGUAGUGGGUUCUCAGAUAUAUGGGGUCAGCAAUGGUGGUGGUGGUGUGAACCCAAGAACAAGAGUGUUGGAGGAGGAGGAGGAGCAGCAGCAGCAGCAAAUGCAACGAUAAUGGCGACUACAAAAUGUUUGCAUUGCGGGACUGAGAAGACUCCGCAGUGGCGGGCAGGGCCUUAUGGACCAAAGACACUCUGCAACGCAUGUGGGGUAAGAUACAAGUCUGGCCGGCUCGUGCCGGAGUACCGGCCAGCGAGUAGUCCUUCUUUCUCUAGUAAAUUGCAUUCAAACUCUCACAGGAAAAUAUUGGAGAUGAGAAGGCUGAAAGAGAAGGAAGUGUUGAUUAAUUCUAUGGAUAAAGGAUAGAACUUGUAUUCUUUUUAUUGUUAGAUAGAUAGAAUAGAAUUUAGGGAUUGCUGUACUGGAUAUUUGUUUGGAUUUUUGUUUCAACAUUAAACCAGUUUGAGUAGGGAAUUUUAGUGCUUUUCAUUUAAAUUAUGAAGUCCUGUGGG